UCGCAAAAGGAAGACGGCUGCCGUCAGUUUACGAUUAUGUUUAUCUUCUUAAUUUCAAUCAUCAAGGUGGGAAUUGCCUUGGUGCGAAGAUUCUUCAAUAAUAUUUACGUACAACAUUGGCCCGGAUUAGAGCGACCAAUCGUUCAGGUGGAUCAAGGAACGAUACAAGGAAUUACUCUCGAAACAUCAAGUGGCAAAUGGUAUCACUCUUUCAAAGGCAUUCCUUAUGCGGAACCUCCUAUUAGUGAGUUACGAUUCUGUCCACCAAUGCCCUUGGAACGAUUUCCUAGACCAGUGUUGAAAUGUUUGGUUGAUAAGAGCGAAUUCAUUCAACCACACGAAUUGUUCGGAAAGUUUUUGAUUGUUGGAACCGAGGAUGCCUUGUACUUAAAUGUGUAUACUCCGGAGUUACCCAAGAGAAAGUCAAAACAAUAUCCUGUAAUGGUGUAUAUUCACGGUGGAGGGCUGAAGAAUGGAACGGCCAGCAGUUUUUUUUAUGAUCCACGAUGCUUUAUCGAGAAAGGUGUAGUUCUAGUAACUAUUUCUUAUAGACUAGGACCCUUUGGAUUUUUAUGUCUACCAAGUGCAGGAAUUAGUGGUAAUUUUGGACUGAAAGAUCAAAGGUUGGCGCUUGAGUGGAUACACCAGAAUAUCGAGUGCUUCGGUGGUAAUCCAGAUAACGUUACACUUUUCGGAGAAAGUGCUGGUGGAUGGUGUGCUUAUUUACAUUAUCUUUCAGCGAACUCCAGGAAAUACUUCCAUCGUGUAAUUUGUCAAAGUGGAGAUUCUUGCACAGAGUCCGCACUGCAAGUAGACCCAGUUGAAAAAGCUCGAAAACUAGCUGGUUUGCUAGGAUACACAGGGAGUUCCGAUCAAAAGGUAUUAGAUACUCUUAGAAGAGCGCCAGCUCGACUGUUGACGAAAUAUCAGGACGAUGUUAUAAGUGAGCAAGAGAAAAGUCUGCCUCUGAAAUUUCUAUUCCGACCUGUAAUCGAGCAGGACUUCGAUGAAAAUGCCAUUAUUUGCCAAUCCCCAGAGAUGGUGCUGAAAUCCUUUGACACUAUUCAGAUACCUAUUAUCCAAGGCUACACAAAUGGCGAAGGAAUAUUAGCUCUUUCUUUUAACAAAAGGAAACUACGAAAGUUUGAUCAGCAUCGUGAAUGGCUUAUUCCACAAUACUUAAAACAAUCUCUUAAUUGUAAAAAAUCUAUUAUUGGCAAGAAUAUCAAACAAUUCUAUUGUAAAGAGAAACAAAUUAGUUGGAAGGCAGUUCAUGAAAUCAGAGAUCUGUUCUCAGAUUUAACAUUCCUAACUACAUGCAAUUUGAGUGCAGAAUGGUUAGCUAAAUACCAACCAAAUGCCCAACAGUACCACUACCUAUUUUCAUACGAUGGCAGAUUUAGUUUUAUGAAGAAGAUAUUAAAUAUGAGCUUCGUUGAAGGAACUUGCCACGGUGAUGAUUGUCUUUACAUGUUCAGUCCACCUUUUCUACCAGCACUACCCGCCGAUAGUGAUGAAAUACACGUACGAGAAACAUUAGUAGAGUUAUGGACGAACUUCGCCAAGUACAACGAUCCAACACCUGUAGGAACUAAUUUGGGCUUUACUUGGAUUCCUGUGACGAAGAUAGAUCCAGGAAGAAAAGAUUUCAAUUUAGAUUGCCUGGAAAUUAACGUUAAGCCUAAAAUGAUACGCAAUCCGUACCCUGAUCGAAUGGAGUUUUGGAGAAGCAUAAUGAUGCGAAGCACAGUUGUGAAGAUGAUACGAUUUUUCAUUUUUAUAUUUAAACUUGCUUUUGCGUUUUCUAAACACAUUCUUCUCAAUCUAAUAAUUCGGUUCUGGCCGGGUAUCGAACGGCCGAUCGUUGAAUUGCGACAGGGCAAAGUACAAGGUGUGACGGAUAAACUCCCAAAUGGAAGAAAAUAUCACUUUUUCAAAGGUAUCCCUUACGCAAAGCCACCCAUUGGAGAACUACGCUUCCGAACACCGGAGCCACUGGAACGCUUCAAUAAACCAGUACUCAACUGUAGCUCAGAUAAGAAUUUCAUUAAACAAAGUUUGGUCAUUUUUGAUUGGCCUGUAAUCGGCACAGAAGAUGGACUGUAUCUAAAUGUUUAUACACCGUCUCUGCCAGUAGCUGGACCCAGAAAGUUUCCGGUUAUGGUUUACAUUCAUGGUGGAGGAUUCCGAUACGGUACGGCCAGUGCUGCGAUCUACGAUCCAAAGUACCUUAUCCAGCAGGACGUUGUUGUAGUGUUGAUGUUUUAUCGCUUGGGACCACUCGGAUUUCUCUGUCUGCCGGAUGCCGGGAUCAGUGGUAACGCUGGACUGAAAGAUCAACGCCUAGCUCUGAAAUGGGUUCAUGAAAACAUAUAUUUGUUCGGUGGAGAUGCCGAAAAUGUAACAUUGUUUGGGCAAAGCGCUGGCAGUUGGUCAACCUACCUGCAUUACUUAUCGCCAAACUCAAGGAAAUACUUUCACCGAGUAAUUUGUCAAAGUGGGGAUUCGUGCACUGACUAUGCGUUUCAAGUCGAUCCAGAAGAAAAAGCAAGAGCUCUUGCCCGCAUGCUGGGAUACACCGGUAACUCAGAUCAAGAAGUGCUAGUUACUUUGAUAAAAGCGUCAUCUACAUCUUUAAUGAAUCAUCAAUACGACGUUCUUAGUCCCAAGGAACAAUCCUGCCCUCUCCGAUUUCUUUUCAGGCCGGUAAUUGAACGAGAGUUCUCCGAAGAUAGCAUAAUAACACAAGCUCCGGAAGAAAUUUUGAAAAGCUACGACACGAUUCAUAUGCCUAUUAUGUCUGGUUGUACCUCGGCGGAAGGUUUAAUAUCUUUUUUGCUGAGCAAAAAUCGGCUGCAUGAGUAUAACCAACAUCCAGAAUGGCUCGUUCCACGCUUCCUGCAUUCUCCACAAGAUCGCGAACGAUGGAUUCUUGGAAGCCAAGUAAAACAGUUUUAUCUCGACUGCAGAGAUCUUGGCUGGGACACAGCUAACGAAACUUGUGACUUAAUGUCGGAUCUCACAUUUCUCACUAGUAACAACUUGAGUGCCGAAUGGAUUUCGAAGUUCCAGCCGAACGUUCAUCAUUAUCACUAUUUAUUUGAUUACUGCGGUAGAUUCAACUUCCUGAAAAAGAUGAUACUAAAUUCAAUCAAUGGUGCAUGUCACGGUGACGAUAUUUUUUACUUAUUUAGUCCUUCGAUGUUACCUAAUCUGCCCGAAGACAGUGAGAAAUGCAGACUUCGAGAUACUUACGUUCACCUCCUAACUAAUUUUGCCAAAUACGGUAACCCUACACCAGAUGAAAGCGGUCUAGGUUUCAAAUGGACUGCAGUACUGCCAAUUAACAAGAACUCCGAUUCUUUUGAUUUAGACUCUCUACUAAUAAAUCAAUUUCCAAAAAUGGUGAGAAAUGUAUAUCACGAGAGGAAAGAAUUCUGGAGAAAUAUUAUCAAACAACAUUCUGAAUUGUUAUGAUAAUAUAAAAGCACUAGAAACGUAAUAUAAUUCAAUUAUUUGUUGUCUCAAUUAUGGGUAUUUAUGGGUAUUCAUGUAUUUAUGUAAUCACUUAAUCAUUUAAUUAUUAACACUUUUAUUUAUUUAUUUGCUUAUAUAUUUGUUUAUUUAUUCAUUUUUUUAUUUAUUUGCUUAUAUAUCCAUGAAUCUCUCGCCAUUUUUAUGACAAAUGCUGAAUUCCGGUUGGCUUGCGCAAUGACGAGGUAAUGAUGAUUUUUAAAAUAAUUUUAGAAUCAGACAUUACACUAAAAUCCCAGAUCGUAAAUACUCUGUCUAGUGAGUUGUCAGAGAUAGCACAUUUCCGAAGAAUUUUUAUUUUCUGAAUGAAAGAGAUCUUAGACCAUCUUGAAAUACAGAGUAUUAAUCGAUACCUUCUUAACCAUAGCGAGGUAAUUUCAAAGUGUCUUUGUAACUCCUAUAUAGGAUAUAGGAUACGUUUCGACUCUCUCUAUAGAUAGGUAUUAAAAUUGCUGGAAAAACCGACUAUCGAACGGAGUUCGGAGACCCAUAGUUUUAUAUACCAAUUGACUCAGCUCGACGAGAGCGGAAAAUGUCUGUGUGUGUGAUGUGUCUGUUUGUAUGUGUGUGUAUGUAUGUGCACCGUUUAACGGAUUUUUUUUAUCACUCAAUUUUCUCAGAGAUGGCUUAACCGAUUUCAACGAGCUUAAGCUCGUUUUAAAGCUAGUAUUGAGCCAUUGAUCAAGCUCGAAGAUAAAAUGACUGCGACUUCUGGUUCCGGAGGUAUGAUGGUAUAAGUAACGUAAGAGACAAAACACGUUGAUUUUUACCGCUCUAAUAUAUAUAUAUACGGGUGUCAAUAUUUUGGGAUCACUGAAUCAUUUUAUUGUAACUGAAACAGGAGAGUGAAUUUCCACAAAACAAAUAUAAUACAAAGACAUUGCUCAACAGAGCUCGGUAAGAUAAAUCCUCGUAGAAUAAUUUUAAAACGAUUUCGGCCUCCCGUUCGAUCGAAAUCCGAUUGAAAAUGUUCGUAAAUGUUGCCGAUAUGGAGGACUUUCUCCAAUUUACGAAAUCCAAAUUCCGAAAGCAACUUUAUACAAAUCUCCAGUAUGGCAAACUAAUUACUUGCACGAAUUGAAAGACUUAUUCGAUUUAGAAAUGAUAAAAAAGUUGAACGCGUUUUCUUUAAACCUUCGUAACUCGGAAAUUGCCACAAAAAAAACGUCCUUUCUGAGAAAAUGGUUACAGUAAUAUUCUUCAAAGAAGUCACCAUCGCUAGCCACACAUUUUUCCUAUCUCUCGGACAAUUUAUGGAUACUACACUAAAACAUUCUCCGUGGUCGUCAAAUGGUGAGAUAACUAAGUCCUCACAAGUUCCUAUCUCAUACUUCCCCGAGCGUCUAUGAUGACAUUUGGUCAAUAGAACGGCGUCGACUGGGUGCUAUCGCCUUCUGCGUUAGUAGCAGAAUGAGAGGGUGCGAAAUGGAUUGUAGUUUGAAUGUUGUUUGUUGUAUUAUUUGUUAUAUAUUGAAUUGAA